CUGAUAGGUAGCACUGAUUGGCAGCACUGAUAGGUGGCACUGACUGGCACUGAUAGGUGACACUGAAAGGCAGCUCAGAUGAGCACUGAUAUGUGGCAUUGAUGUGCACUGGUAGGCACGGAUAUGUGGCAUUGAUGUGGCACUAAUGAGCACUGACAGUUGGCAUUGAUGGACACUGACAGGUGGCACUGCUGGGGCUACACUGAUCAUCAAGGCACACUGAUCAUCAGUGCCCUGCGGCUCUCCUCUCGAGCUGUCAGCGUGACAGCUCGUGAGGAGAGAAAUGCUGAUAACCGGCAU